AUGGGCACGAGUGAAUACACCGGGUUGAGGACCCAUCCUAAUUUUCGAUAUGGGAAUGUCGCGAAUCAAAUGAACCCGAACUUUCAAUCGGGUAAUCAAAGCGGGUCUUCAUAUCAAAACCGUCAAUGUGGUAAUCAAGGAGGUUACCAACGUAAUUACAACCAAGGGUACCAAGUCCGUGACAACAACUAUCAAGGUGGGUACCAAAGGAAUUACAACAACCAAAGCGGUAAUGGAAGUGGGUCGAAUAAUCAAGGCGGUGGUGAUGAUUUGAGUGCCAAGAUAGAUGCACUAUUGAAUGUGGUGAAGGAGUCCAGUAGUGACAUCAAGGAGAUGAAAAAGGCAAAUGAGAUGAGGGAUAAGUCUCAUGAGGUGUUGGCGAAGCAAGUUGGGCAACUUGCUAAAGAAGUAGCUCAAAUGCGGUGA